AUGGUUUACUGUUGGGGGAAAGCAGAGGAGGAGGAAAAGGAGGAGGAGGAGCGGCAGAAGGUGAUGAUGCCGUGGUGGGACAAGAAGGUGGUGCUCCCGGUGAAGCGCGCCUGGGUCGCCAUCGCCGCCCGGGUCAAAGCCUGCAAGCACGGCCGUGGUGGCAUCGGAGUGUCCGCCAAGGUUCAGGCCGUGGGCAGAGCAGGCGAUGGGAUUCUGAAGCUUCACGACGACGUUCAAACGUGCGAGUACGAAGAUGUGCAGGUGAUGUGGGAAAUGGUGAGGAGAUCAAAGACGGAGGAGUCCAACCCAUCCGAGCAGCGGAAGCGACGGCUUGGAGGCCAUCAGCCCGCGCCUCCCGACGAACGUCCUCCUGUGACUCGACGGAGUUGCUUCAACAUCACCGCCGCCAAUGAAGUGGUGGAAGAGGAGUGUAAGUGUACAUAUGGGGUUUCAAGAACUUCUUCUCCGAUGGAAGAUGGUGGAAGAAAGUGUCGAUCGAAAGGACUCCUCUGUCUAUGCAUGUGAAAUAUUAGAUCAUGAA